GAGCUUAACAUACCACUCUCCUUUUUGUUUCUAACAUUAAUUUGUCCCCACAGAGAGAAGAUCUAUAGCUGUUUGUAGAAGAAUGGCGAGCGGUGGCCAGCAAUUUCCACCACAGAAACAGGAAACUCAGCCUGGAAAAGAACAUGUGAUGGAGCCAACCCCACAGCACUCUAGCAUGGAGUAUAAGCCCGCCAACAAGCUUCAAGGUAAGAUAGCACUGGUGGCCGGAGGUGAUUCCGGCAUUGGACGUGCAGUCUGCCAUUGUUUUGCGUUGGAAGGAGCAACGGUGGCCUUCACUUAUGUGAAAUCUCAAGAAGAAAAAGAUGCACAAGACACCCUUGAAAUACUAAGGAAAGCCAAAGCAGCUGACGCAAUGGAACCUAUGGCUGUUGCUACCGAUUUAGGGUUCGACGAUAACUGCAAGAAGGUAGUUGACGAAGUUGUGAAUUCCUAUGGGAGGAUCGAUAUUCUGGUUAACAAUGCAGCGGAGCAGCACAAGACUACCUCCGUUGAGGAGAUUGAUGAAGAGAGGCUUGAGAGAGUCUUUAGGACUAACAUCUUUUCUUACUUUUUCCUCACCAGGCAUUCUUUGAAGCAUAUGAAGGAAGGGAGUAGCAUAAUAAACUCGACAUCAGUGGUUGCAUAUAAAGGGAAUCCAAAGCUGCUUGACUACACAGCUACCAAGGGUGCAAUUGUGUCAUUCACUAGAGGACUUGCACUUCAACUUGUUGAGAAAGGUAUACGUGUUAAUGCAGUAGCUCCUGGCCCUGUUUGGACUCCGCUUAUUCCAGCUUCCUUCAGUGAAGAAGAGAGUGCUAAUUUUGGAAAAGACGUGCCAAUGCGAAGGGCUGGUCAGCCUAUAGAAGUGGCUCCCUCCUAUGUUUUUCUCGCCUCUACCCCGGAGUCCUCUUAUAUUACUGGUCAAGUACUCCAUCCCAAUGGUGGGGUGAUUGUCAAUAGCUAAAGGUGGUGUUGGGAUGGGCCUAGCUGUUCGACUCUUUGUGCCCAACUGUUCUCGUUGUGUUCCGUUUGAUGUAGAAUAGCAUAGCCGUUGUUUAACACUACAUAUAAUGGUAUUUGUUGUAUCUUCGUUUUUUUACAUGGUCUGUAUGGCGUCACCGGUAUAAAAUGUGCGUGUAUAUAUAUGUCAGUAUGUUAGUAAUAAUUUAAUAAUUAAGGACUCGCAUAGUGCAGCCCCAAUCCAGGCCUUGGCUGGAAUGUGUAUUUUUUGUUGCCUCAAGCUUGUUCCAAACUA